AUGACAGCCCCGUGUCAAAGCCGUUCAAUUGCUCAUGAGCAGACAGACGUACUCUCUGUGAUACAUGAUCUCCAUGAGCCGCAUCUCCAGUCACCGCCGGACGAACACCGACGUCACCAGGCACCGCCUCCUUUGAUCCUCGUCGAAGGUUUCAUGUGCGCUGCCUCGUCGCUGAUAUGGGGCGACUUUCCGCAAGAGUUGGCCGCGGGUGCAGCGCACCAACGGUCGAGCUGGAAGCGAGAGGGACGCAAGAUUUUCUGGGCUCCUAUCGGACCAGUUUCAUCCCUGCAUGAUCGAGCAUGCGAGCUCUUCUACUCCUUGCACGGAGGAACGGUGGACUAUGGCGAAGCUCAUGCUCAAGAGCAUGGCCAUUCGAGAUGGGGCCGACGCUAUCCUCCGGCGUCAGAAGGUGGCGGAUCGUAUCCGCAGUGGUCCGAAAAGCAUCCUGUGCACAUGGUCGGCCACUCGCUGGGGGGCGUCACCAUUCUCAAACUUCGACAGCUGCUCCUGACAGGCUUUUUCGAUCAGCAACUUGGCAUCAUCACCCCUCUUGGAACAUUAUCGCAGGCCGCUGGGCUUAUCAGAUCCAUCACGACCGUCUCUUCUCCUCUGCGCGGCACACCUCUCGUAUAUCUGCUCGGCGAACAACCAACUGCCUCUCCCCAGGUUCGAUUUUUGAGUUUCGGUGAUGUACUGGCCAAGAGCGUGCACGUAGCUGUGUGGCUUCGAGCGCACAGUGCCAGCAUCAGAAAACUUCUGCCCGACCCCCAAGCAGAUGCUUGGCAUUUUGCGGGAGCGAAUAAAAAGGAAAGAGAGGACGACAUUGAAAACGCUUCACCUGAACAAGGGACUUCUGCCUCGUCACAUGCUUGGUCCUUUCGCUCAUUGUGGGGCUUGCCUACCUUGGCACAACAACUGUGGAAGAGCGAUUGGGCCGAAGGCCGUGAUUGCGCACCCUGGGAUUGCACCUUGGCGGAGCGAGCCAGGUGUGAGCAGCGUGAAGUUGGCUGGCUCCUCGCCAGCCAUCAAAGCACUCAAGAUUUGGCUUCGCAGCUGCCAGACUGCUGGUUCCGCAGUUAUGCAGCGUACAUGACGGAGCCUUACCCUUCCUCAAGUGACCCAUCAGGGGCGCCUCGUCACCGCCCAACAUCUGUCUUCAACACAUCUCUCUCGGCAGCCAUCUUUAACAUCACCUCGAAGCAGAUUGGAGCCUUUGAUUACCACAAUGCGCGACCAUCCCGGCUCUUUGGAAAAUCGCAUGUGCCGUCGAGAAGCGGGCUCGAUGCAGAAAGCGGCUCGACUCGUGGAUCUACCUCCCAAGAAGGUGCCGAGAAGGAUGAGCAGGGCAGCGCACUUCGCGUGGAAGCGUCUGAAGCGCGUUACUGCGCCGACACCCCUACAAACCCAGCGCACAGAAUGGAUGAGGAGGAGGAAGAGGACUGGUACGCAAAUGACGGAGUCGUGCCUCUCGCUUCGCAGUAUCAUCCUGGCAUGUGCGGCGCAAACACCUGCGCGCACUAUCAAAGUCUACCCAGUCCGCACCUGAAUCCCGCUUCUAAGCUUGACGCUGUCGUUGCAGAUGCUCGACGCCGGCCAGCCCUUGCACGACUGAUGAGCGCUGGUGAUGCAGCUUGGCGACAGGUGCGGGGCACGAACGCGAACACCAACGGACGGGCUACUCGGAGUUCCAGCGGCGUCGAUCCAACGUGCUCUGCCUUGCCAGUCGCAGGAUCGGACAUGAGCACAAUGCCGAACCGGUGGCAUGUAUACACGCUCAAGGAUGCCACUCACGCCAGUCUCUGUCCGAUCUGGAAUGGCGAUGCGCGACAAAGACACUUUUGGAGAGGUCUGGGUGCAUGGCUGGCCGAUGUAGAUGCAAUGGUCGCGCAGAAGAGCUGAGUCGGAUCUGGAGUGGAAGUUGAGGUUCGAGCACUUCUCGUUCAGCCCUUUCCCACGCGCGCUCCAACCUCGCGAUUGUUCAAUCAUCCGCGCCCCUGCUCAAAGGUGCAACUCGAAUUGCUCCACAUAUAACAUACCCUUGAUACCCUGUGCACUACUUGCUAACUCUUCGAAUCAGAGGUUCCCUUGCAUGUGAACAUCAAAAUGAAUAUGGAACGCGUCUG